AUGGACUAUUUCAGGGCCAUUGGCUCUGCUGCAGUGCACACCCUCGUGCAGAAGUCAGGCAUUAAUACUCCGUUCACGCUUGGCGCGAAAGUGAACGCGUACGAGGGCGAGAGCAUCUGGACAUUGUAUGACGGAACUAAGAGGGAUGAUGGCACGUUGGUGUCGAUCUUUGAGUUCGACGGCUCAUCGCCAAACAAACGGAACGCUCUUCCGCUCGCCAAGAACGCCUUGAGGAAAUUACGAACAACGCGCCAUCCAGACGUACUCAAAUUCAUGGAUGUCGUAGAGACGGAGACUACGAUUCAGAUAAUGACAGAACGCGUGAAACCUCUAUCUUCCGAAGUCAAGGCCUGGUCUCCCAAAGCAAUACAGGAGCAACAAGAGUGGUUGCUGUGGGGUUUACAUCGGCUAUCCAUCGCCCUUGCCUUUGUCAACGAGUCUGCUAACGCGACACAUGGUAACAUUCGUUUGAGUUCAGUGUUCUUGUCUACCUCUGGCGAGUGGAGGCUGGGAGGCUUCGAAGUUCUCAGUAAUCCGACCGAUCCUGCUGCUGUUCUCUAUACGCACGCUAGCACAUUGCCCGAUGCGUACUCAAUCUCUCCGCCCGAGGUCAAGAAGGGCGGAUGGCCCAGUCUCAAAGAAAACUCUCCUGCAGCCGCAGACUCUUACGCCCUCGCCUUGUUGAUACACGCGCUCUUCAAUCCGACAGCUGGCCCGCCACCGACUACACAACCUCCCCAUCCGCCCCCUCAAGCUUCAUCUCGGGGAUCUAUACCCACAUCCGUGUUCCCAUCAUACAAGAAGCUUUUGAAUCCCAAUCCCAAAGCGCGGCUUAACGCGAAGGGUUUCCUGGAGGUUGGGCUCUCUGAGAGCGCCAGUGAAGGCGGCUUCUUCAAGUCGAAUAGGUUGAUCAAGAUAUGCGAAUCCCUGGGCAACUUUGGGCUCAUGUCCGAUGGAGAGCGUGCUCAGCUCAUCAGGACAGUCUCAGAAGUAGCACCCACGCUGCCACCUACGUUUGCCACCCGCCUCGUGCUUCCCUCUUUACUCGGAUCGCUCGAGCUUCCCGCAAUGGCACAUCAAGCUUCUGCGAUUAUCCCUGUGGCCAUACUUCUUGGCAAGAAUGUGUCUUCCGAUGACUACAACAAGAUUGUUCUUGAGCCCAUCAUCAAGCUAUUCGCCAGCGCGGACAGAGGUACUCGCAUGGCAUUGCUAGACGCUCUUCCCGAGUUCGCGCCCAAGCUUGACAAGAAGAUGGUCUCGGAUAAGAUCUGGCCACAUCUCCAAACAGGGUUUUCCGACACUGUCGCGUUGAUACGAGAAGCAACAGUGAAAUCUAUCGGCCUAUUAUCUGAUAAGUUCACUGAGCGCAUUCUGAACAAUGACCUACUACGACACCUUGCGAGACUGCAGUCGGAUCCGGAGUCGUCCAUCCGCACCAACACUUGCAUCCUCAUUGGUCGGCUGGGACCGAGUUUGGGGUACAAUAGCAAGCGAAAGGUUCUCGUCAUGGCGUUUGCGAAGGCUCUCAAGGAUGACUUCGUACACGCGCGCGUUGCUGGUCUGAUGGCCUUCAUGGCAUGCAUCGAUUGCUUUGACGUCGAGGAACUCGCCGGCCGUGUGGUGGGUGUAGUCGCGGGCGCCUUGGUAGAUAAGGAGAAGCUUGUACGAGAUCAGGCAUUCAAGGCAAUCGAAUUGUUCAUGAAGAAGAUCGAGGCUCACGCCGCGACGAUGCCAGAGACCGUGGCCAAUGAUAGCGGUGCCAGCGUGCUCGGGUUGCCGACACCCAAUGGCCAGGCAACUCUCACCAAUACUGCGGCCGGUGCCGCGAGUACACUCGCAAGUUGGGCAUUAUCUUCGCUCAGUGGUGGUGGUGCGAAACUCGCGCCCAGCGAGAUGCAGUCCUCGAUCGCCUCGAGUUCGAUGUCGGGGCAUGCAACUGCGCCUCCGCCACAGCUUCCAUCAUCUUCCACGAGACCCGUCGCGCCGGCCGUGCCAAUGGCAACAAAGCCUAAGGGCAUGCAACUGGGCGCGCACAAGCAGGCAAAACACAACAUGCCGGGCGCUCUAGCCAGCGAACUUGACGCUUGGGGUAACGAGGACUUGAUUGAUCUGAAUAACGACGAGGCGGACUGGAAUGCGUUUGAAGAAGCGCCUGCGAGCAACCUGCCCGUCAAUGCCGUUGCAUUAGGCUUCGAGGAUGUUGGUCCCGGAGACGGUGAUGAAGAUCCAUGGGGCGAUAUGGACGACGCAGCACCGGCACCAGCAACGCCGAAGAGUCCGCUCUUACAUGUGGCGCCUUCGCCAUCGUAUCCGUCUCUCUCGACACAGACGCGCAAGCCGGCUGCGCCGAAGUCGUCUGCACCUUCUCGCAAUACGACGUUAUCUCCUCAGACAGUUUCAACAAUGUCAAGUGCACGAUCCUCGCCUGUGCACGAAUCCUCGGAAUCGGCCGCCACGACUCCCAUCAGUACCGCCAGCAUGACGCGAGAGGAGAAGGCCGCAGAGAUGGCACGCCGGAAAGAGGAGCGAAAGCAGAGAAUUGCCGCGCUCAAGGAGCAGAAGAAGGCGGGAGCGAAGUGA